AUGAAGUCAGUUGAACUAGGUAAAAGUGCGUCGUUUGGAAGUAGUGCGGCAGAGGGGUGCCCCGGCAUGUGCGGGAUGUGUCCGUCGUGCGCCUUUGCGCCGACACCGCCUGCCUCCACUCGGCGUGUGUGGAAGGUGUCGGAUGAAUUCAAGAGGAUGUUCUUGGUGGAGCUGCUGUUGCGGUGCAGAAACACCCGAGUGCUCGAGGGCAUCCACGGCGUGCUGGCUGUGGCCACGUCGGGGACUUUAUUCACUUACGCCAGGUCGAGGAGACCCACUUCCCCGCGGGAUUACCCCCGUCGCGCUGCAGACCCGCGCCCGGACGAGAAACCACUCGGCAUGGACGUGAAUGAAAUCUGGCACUGGUUCAACAGCAGCCCCGAAUGGAAACAAUCAAGUUAUCUGUGCCGUCUGUUUUCCCUGUGUGACUGCGAGCUGUUACGCAUGGCGGCGAAUUUAACCAGCGUGCUCCUGGUCAGACAAAAACGAGGGUUUCUGCAAUUCAAUGUUAGUUGUCGCAGUACCAAUCAGAUAAGUGAUCAAGACUCAGAUGACCCUGCUCUUAUGGUGGUACCUGGAUCCUCGAAAUCUGUAUCUGGAGUGAGCCGACACCGAGACUUCAUAUGCUGCCUCCCAGUGGAUCUGUCAAAGAGAGUUUUAGGUCUGUUAGAUGAGCCCACGUUGAGACGCUGCCUGAGGGUUUCUCAAUGCUGGAAGCGUCUUGCCAAGGAAACUGUGGAAGAAAUCAAGUACAGGCAUCUUUUUCAGAAUCAAAUUAAGGCGAUGAUGAAGAGGUUCACAAGUAUUAAUAAAGUCAGUCCUACUUACGCCAACAUCGUAGAGGUCCCCGUACCCAUCGAGGACGAUGAGAAAGUGGAUGUUGAAGUCCAAAAGGUCAAGCCAUUUGAAGCCGCUUACGCCAAAAUCAAAACCAAGACGGUGCCAAUGGAGGAGCGAAAUGUUUACUGUGGUGCAUAUUAUACCACUGUGCUGCUUCACAAAGAAGAUCCGCAUCGGAUGGUGGACUUCAGAGGCGGACCGCUAAUGGCGACGGGCUCUGCGGACCGCGUGGCGCGUCUGCUCCACGUGGCGUCCGAGACAACGGCCGUGGCGGCGCUGAGCGGCCAUAGCGGCAGCAUCCGGGCCGUGUUGCUCUGCGAGGACAGAGGCCUGCUGAUCACAGCGGGCUGCGAUGGGAGCAUCAGGUGUUGGAGUCUGCAGACAGAGAGGUGUGAGAUGGUGCUGCACGGUCACUCCGGCACCAUCAACUGCCUGGACGUCCACGCCGAUAGACUGGUCUCAGGAGCUAAAGACUGUAAAGUCAAAGUGUGGAGUCUGACCACAGGGAAGAACUUUGAUGAUUUUCAGUUCAAGCACAGCGGUCCUGUCCAGUGCGUGAGGAUCACCUCGAGCGCGGUGUACAGCAGCUGCAGUCAGGGCCUCGUCAGAGUCUGGGACAUGGAGAACGCGUCGCUGCUCAGGGAGAUCAACGCCCACGAGAACUCGGUGAUAUGCCUGUUUGUCGACGAAAGGCACUUUUUAUCCGGGGACUCCGGCGGGCGGGUCAUGGCCUGGAGCGUCAGCCGCGGUGCUGAAGAGUGUCUCAUGACCUUCAACCACCCGAAGGCGGUCAAAUCUCUGACUCUUGUUUAUCUCCGCGUCAUUACCGGCUGUGUGGAUGGAAUGAUUCGCAUUUUUAAUUUCCUCACUGGAGAUUGUCUGAGGGACAUCCGGGCAGCGGCUCAAGCCGGCCAGAUACUGUCCGUGCACUUCCAUGACGACCGAAUAUUAGUGAAUGCGAGGUCCGGUGUGAAGCUCUACCAGUUUUCCAAAGUGUUCUGGGAUUAUCCGGAGCCACCGGAGGGAAGCCGGGUCGUGGCGGCAGCGGCGGCUCGGGGCGGUUUGGCUCCCGAGAGACCGCUCAGAAAGCUUCCCGUCGCCUCUGAGCCGCUCCGCCGCACCCGCUUCCUGUCGGCCCCCACCGCACGCCGAGCACAAGCCAGAGAGCGCUGUGAGACCCCUGAACCAUCGCUGGUGCUGAGCGAGAAGGCAACGAGUGAGCGGGUGAAGAAGAGGGGGCUUCAUCGCCCACUGACACGCGACUCCAUCCUCCUCAAGGUCAACGCCAUCCAGAAGGAGCAGUGCAAGGAUGAAGCCGGCGUCAACAUGGAGAGCAACGCCGGGCUGCAAGACUCCUGGGGCCCUCGCUCGUCACAGGACCCUCGGCACCUGCACGACCGGAGACAGAACCAGCAGGACCGGAUGUGGAGCGCACAGGACGUCCACCCCCCGAGGGCCAAGACCUGCGUUCCGAUUUUGAAGAGAGCCGGCGGUCAGAAUGGGACAAACGCCAUCCGAGGCAGGGACGUCGGCACCGCCCCCGCCGACACGCCCCGGAGAUCACUACCGGAUCCGGGACACGCCAUAAAAACCGGCAGCAGCUUGCCCAGGAUCAGCCUAGUGGGUCCGUUAAGGCCCGGAGGACUCACAGUGACCCAGCUGGAAGAUUGUUGGGUCAAGAGGGAUCUCACGCGGGGCUGUGAGCACAAACUGCCCCAGGGGAAUAAGAAGCAGGAGAAAAGUCACAUGUAUUCAGCUUUAUGACAUAAUGUGUCUGCAGGACUCAAUCUCCAUUGCUGAGUGGGGACCUGAAGACCUGUUAUCUUUAAAUGUGGUGUUUCAAUAAAGCUCCACUAGAGGUCA